AUGUAUGUGUGUGCGUAUGACGCAAACAAGAAGCGGCAGGGAAUCGCUGCGGGACCGUUCCGAUAUCUUCCAGCAUCUUCGCAUUCAUUGUGGUCAUUGCUGUCUUAUCAUGCAUUGUCCUCAAACUUGGUUGGGAGAACGGGUGAUUUCAAUGCUGACCACAUUCCUGGACAAUACUGUACCGUUUGCAAAGGACAAGUCUGGUACCAAUUUCUCGACCAGGGAGAGAUGAAGGGCUUGGUGAGCAAUGGAGCGGAUUCGAACGAUCCGAACGAUCGUGCAGACAGGGGACCUCGUACCGACUGCACUACACCUACCGGACCCCGAUUCCGCGACACCUUAUUACUCGUAGUUAGCAUAGGUCUUGACGGGAUGUAA